GGAAUGCCAUUGAACCCUAAGCCAUUUUUAAAUGGUCUUACAGGAACUGUGAUGGUUCGACUCAAAUGGGGAAUGGAGUACAAGGGCUACUUGGUAUCCGUUGAUGGCUACAUGAAUGUUCAGCUUGCAAGCACAGAAGAAUACAUUGAUGGAACAUUUACAGGGAAUCUUGGUGAAGUACUGAUCAGGUGUAACAAUGUAAUGUACAUUCGCGGUGUGGAAGAGGAGGAAGAGGAUGGAGAAAUGAGAGAAUAGCAGCUGCUUGCAGUACUAUCGUUUGAAUGAAGCAUGAACAAACUUGAACUCUGUACAUAUGUGUAUAUGAUCGUCCAGUAGUUGGUUGCAUCCUGGAAAGUCAGCUGGAGAAUGGUAUAGGGAGAUCUCAAUAAGCAGAUGGCGCCUCUCCCUAGAGGAUAAUUUUAUCGGACAUUCCACAUAGAACAGGAUGAUGGUUGGACUCGGGAACAGAAUACGAUGUGAAGCUGUACGCAGUAUCAAGAUUUAUCUAUGUAUUGUGCCAUGACUGUUAUUGUCUUAUGUCCCCCCCCCCCCCCCCCCCCCCCCCCCCCCCCCCCCCCCCCUCCCCCUUACCGUUUUUCUUCUUUGUUAGUGAUUUGGUUUUAAAAUCACGCUUCACUUUCUCUCUACUCUGCCAGCCAACAUGUGAUGGAAAUAUAAUUAAUUUCACUGAAAAUGUUACCCUGUCUUUUUUAUUGUGUGUGUUAAUUUGGCAAAAUUAUACUAAGGUACCAACUGUUUUGAACCCUUGAUUCCUGGACUCUUUUUCUGAAGAAGUUUUGUGCAAAUGCCUAUGAAAUAUAGUGAUAUACUGUAUUCUUGAUUUUACCUGACAUGGAAGGUAGGCCUACAUUCAUGCCUUAAGAGAAGAGAUGCUUUGUAUGCUGAAAUUUAUCCAAUAUUUGACUGGACAGAAGAAUGUCAAAAGGUGAAAAUUGCAUUGUGUUCCAUGGUAAACUCAUUCCUGGCGAGUUAAGUCCUGUAAUUUGUUAGGACCCAUUAUAUAAAUGUUCAUUAUUUCUUUUAUUUGCUUUCUUGUAAAUUAGUUACAUGUAUCUUACCAUCAUGAGUAGAUGUACAAAUAAACAUUUUGUAUUAUAAAGUAUA